GGCAGCGGCGGGCGGCCGGUAGCAGCUGCCGAGCGGAGCCGAGCCCAGCUGAGCCCAGCCCCGCUGAGCCGAGCCCAGCUGAGCCCUGCCCCGCCGAGCCCGGCCCGCAGCGCUCACCGCCGCCGCCUCUGGAACUGACAUCUUCCAAAUCUGCUGCUGCGAAAAAAAUAAUAAUAAUGGAAACCAUGCAUGAGCUGAUCCCCUUUGCCAAAGAAAUGCUCAGCCAGAAGCCCAACAGGAAGAUGGUCAAGCUGUACAUGCUGGGCAGCGUGCUGGCUUUCUUUGGUGUGGUCAUUGGUCUGGUGGAGGCAGUGUGCAGUCCUUUCACCUCUGAAGGGAGGCUAGAGGAGGAGGAGGAGAAGAAACCUGCCCCGACCCGAGAGCAAGUGCUUCCUCAGAAACAGGAGGAUUUGAUCUUGGAAAAGAGCAAGAAGCCGGUGGUGAUGCAGAGGGCCCUGGUGACCAGACAACACGCCUCCUAAGAGCCCCGCGGCUGGAGAGGUGCCUGCUGAGCAACCGAGCACAAGAGACUCUGCUGUCCUCUUGUACCUGGUGGUGGUUCCAGCGAGAAGAGAGAAGGGUUGGCAGAAGGACGAGACCGCAAGUGCAAGACUUGAAAGAAGUGAACGGUUAUAUUUGCUGCUGUGCAGCAGUGGGAAAAAAUACCUUUUGUUGGUAUAAAAAUGUGCAAGAUGCACAGCAUGGUUUCUUAUUUUUAUUACGGAUGCAUUUUACAACAUUUUGCAAGAUCAAUAAAUAUUUUAUAUGGUA